GUGAGUGAGGGGCUCGAGGUGCCGCAUGCUCACACACACACACACACACACACUCGUCGUACACACAACCCAUCUCAGACCCGGCCCCUGAGUGCUGAAGGCGGCUGCGGGAGGCGGUGGCUGGACCUCGGCUGCCCCGGAGAGACGGAGCCCGUGGCUGGUGCGGCUGCCGAGCAGGGCCAGGCCGGGCCCUGCCCGCAAGGACGCCCAAGUUCUUCACCGGCCCCUGUGCCCGGGAGCCCACCAGGCUCUCUCGCGGGACCCGCCAUGACUUCAGAACCCACGUCGCCCCCGGUAGUGCCCCCACUGCACUCCCCCAAGUCUCCUGUCUGGCCCACCUUCCCCUUCCACCGGGAGGGCAGCCGGGUCUGGGAGCGGGGCGGCGUCUCGUCCCGGGACCUGCCCAGUCCUCUGCCCACCAAACGGACCAGGACGUAUUCAGCGACAGCCCGGGCCUCGGCUGGCCCCGUGUUCAAAGGCGUCUGUAAGCAGUUCUCACGCUCACAGGGCCACGGCUUCAUCACCCCCGAGAAUGGAUCCGAGGACAUCUUUGUGCAUGUAUCUGACAUCGAGGGGGAGUACGUGCCCGUGGAAGGCGACGAGGUGACCUACAAGAUGUGCCCCAUCCCACCCAAGAACCAGAAGUUCCAGGCCGUGGAGGUGGUGCUCACCCAGUUGGCCCCACAUACUCCCCACGAGACGUGGUCCGGCCAGGUCGUGGGCUCCUAGGCUGGGGGGCUUGCGUGUCAGCCGCCGGUGGGUGGGGAGCCACACAGGGUAGAUGGGCAGCUGGGGGCUCCAGGCCCCGCUGCACUGGCUGGCCCGGUCCCCUGGGCGGCCUCAGCAUACACGUCUGUCUGUCUGUGCUUGUGGCCGUGAGCACGUGCCUCCAUCCGCCCCCCCGUGACCCGUGACUGUUGCGUGAGCUGGACCAAGGGGAGGCCCCCAGCCCCGCCUGUUUGUCCGCUGUCUCCUUCCCCUCCCUGCCACUUCCGCACAGGACCCUCUCGCCCUCCUGUCCACCGAGCCCG